AUGGCCAGCACUGGACGCGCCGUAUACCUCGAAGACAUCGACGGACCGUCGAAAAUAACGGCAGAUGCAGUGCAGAAGGCCCCGGACGUUGCAGAGUCCGGCGCCACUGUGGCACUCAAGGUGGAAGCAAAGGUGACGGUGGCAGAGGAGAAAGCGGCCAAGCCCACGACAGUGAAGAGGCAGAGGACCCUCAUGGACAUGUUCUCUGAUCCCGCGCCGAGCACUGGACCCGCGGCGAAAAAAAUCAAGCUCGCUGGGUCCGACACGACCGCGAGUGCUGGCACCGCGCUGACAUCCCAGGGAUCUCUGAACUCUAUUCCGUUCUCCCUGUCUGCAUUCCAAGAGCAGCUGUCUGAUGAGGAACGCAAGCUGCUCGCCCUCGAGUGCGAUACCAUGGGCAAGAGCUGGCUCAAGGUGCUCAAAGACGAAAUGCGUAAGGCCUAUUUCCUCAAAUUGAAGCAGUUCCUGUACGACGCCGGCGUCAAAGGUGCCAACGACAGCGCCCAAAACCUCAAAGUGUAUCCGGCGCCGAAGAACAUCUACGCAUGGUCGAAUCUUACACCCUUGGGCCGCGUCAAGGUCGUCAUCAUCGGGCAGGAUCCGUAUCACGGUCCCGGGCAAGCCCAUGGGUUGUGCUUCUCCGUGCCCCCUGGAGUGGCCGUACCGCCGUCCCUGCGCAACAUCUAUGCAGAAAUAAGGGCCGAGUACCCAGAAUUCGAGCCUCCUAAACACGGCAACCUUACGGCGUGGGCGGAGAACGGCGUGUUGCUCCUCAACACCUGCCUGACGGUCAAGGCCGGCGAGGCCGGCUCCCACUCCGGCAAGGGCUGGGAGACGUUCACGGACAAGGUCGUCGACGUCGUGGACAAGUUCGGCGGCGCCAAUCUCGCCAACGCGUCUGGCGCGAGCGGCCGCGGCCGCGGCAUCGUCUUUCUCGCCUGGGGGGCCUGGGCCGCCAAACGCGUCGCGAAGCUAGACAAGAAAAAGCACCUUAUUCUGACGAGUGCGCAUCCGUCGCCGCUGAGCGCGAGCAGGGGCUUCUUGGGGAACGGGCACUUCAAGAAGGCCAACGAUUGGCUGGAGCAGAAGUACGGCGAGGACGGCCGCGUGGAGUGGCACAAGUUGUGA